GUAAGGAAAAUUGCCAAGCGCGUGUCGGUUGUGUGAAGUUUGUAAAGGUUCCGUACUAAAUUAUUUUCUCGUGAUUAUUUUUUGUUAAUAUAACAUGAUUAUUGCUUCAAGUUCAGGACCAGUUAUAUUUAAAUAUGGAAUUAAUAUCCAUAGUUUAAACAGCUUACGUAAUAAAUAAUAUAGCGCAGCACAAAUAAAUUUAAAGUAUUGUUUUAAUGCGCUUUACACAUAGGUACCUACAAGCAAAUUAUUUCUUUUGAGUUGUUGUAAUACUACUAAACAAAAAUACCCUCAAAUUAUGACAAGUUUAGUAUUUUGACACAACUAACUACAGAUCCCUAAUCAGCGGAUACAUAACAUUGCAAUCACGCGCCGGUAUUUCUAUUCUCUUAUCAAGCUCGUCUAUUGCGUACACGUGUGAUGUAACAGUAUCUCCGCAGGCAAUCAUUAGUUCAUUCAUAACCGUUUUACUACUGUCAACAAAUUAUCAUAUUAUCUUGACCACUGCACAGCGACAUUGAGCAGCCAAGAUGGUCAAGGCAGUAGCCGUCGUCACCAUCAGUGACACCUGCUUCAAAGAUCAUUCGAAAGACACAUCGGGUCCAACAUUAGCCGAUGUGGUCAAAGAAAUGUUCCCGGAGGCCAACCUACAUACAAUAAUCAUCCCAGAUGAGAGGGAAAUAAUUGAAAAAGAACUAAAAUAUUUCUGCGAUGAGGCUAAUGUAGAUCUAGUGUUGACAACUGGAGGUACCGGUUUGAGCCAACGAGAUGUUACUCCUGAAGCAACGAAAGCUGUUAUCCAUAGAGAAGUACCAGCCAUCCCUAUAGCUCUUACUAUAGAAAGCUUGAAGAAAACGCACAUGGCGAUGCUUUCACGAGCCGUAGCUGGUGUGAGAGACUCAACAUUAAUAAUAAAUUUCCCUGGUAGCAAAAAAGCAGUAACAGAAUUGAUCGAAGUUGUAAAACCAGUACUAUCUCAUGCAAUCUCAUUAAUUAAGAACGAAUUGACUGAAGUCAGAACUAUUCAUAAUUCAAUGCAAUUCAGUCAUGUAUGUCCACAUCAUAUGCUUACGAGCAAUGUUGACAUGUCGAAAGUAGCAUUUAGGCCUAGAGAAUCUCCUUAUCCAAUGAUGGAAAUGACUGAGGCGUUUAAGAUAGUGGAUGAGGUGAUGAAGCAAUGGACUGCACAUAUGGAGAUUGUGUCGAUUGAGGAAGGUGUUGGCAGAGUGGUGGCUCAAAAAUUGUUGGCGAAGGAACCCAUGCCGCCUUUCGCAGCGUCUGUUAAAGACGGGUACGCCUGCCUGAGCUCGGACGGCGCCGGCGUGCGGCGCGUGCGGGCGGCGCUGACGGCGGGCGACGCGCCCACGCUGCCGCUGUCGCGCGGGGAGUGCGCGCGCAUCAACACCGGCGCCGCCCUGCCCAGCGGCGCCGACUGUGUCGUGCAGGUGGAGGAUACGAAACUGAUAACGGCGUCAGAGGAUGGUCAGACGGAGCUAGAAGUAGAGAUAAUGGUGGCGCCGCAACCCAACCAGGAUGUGCGCCCCAUCGGCUUCGAUAUACCCAUGGGCGCUGUGCUUGCGGAUAAAGGUGACGUGCUGGACGCUGGACAGAUCGGUGUACUGGCCGGGGCUGGGUACCAGAAUGUCACGGUGCGGGCUAACCCUAAGAUAGCGCUGCUGUCGACGGGCAACGAGUUGCAGGAGCCAUCGGAACUGAAGCUGCGCCCCGCCCACAUCCGCGACUCUAACAGAACCAUGUUGAGAGUGCUUCUUAAAGAGCACGGCUACGACUCAAUAGACUGCGGCAUAGCGCGCGACGAGCCGGGCGCGCUGGUGGCGGCGCUGAGCAGUGCGCUGGCGCAGGCCGACGUACUGGUGUGUACCGGCGGCGUGUCCAUGGGCGAGCGGGACCUGCUCAAACCUGUACUCACCAAGGAUUUCGGCGCGACACUCCACUUCGGGCGCGUGCGCAUGAAGCCUGGCAAACCGACCACGUUCGCCACCUGCCAAUUCGAUGGAAAGACUAAAUUUAUCUUCGCUCUGCCUGGCAACCCAGUGUCAGCAUACGUGUGCUGCCACCUGUUCGUACUACGAGCGCUGCGCGGCGGCGGCGGGGGCGGGGCUGCGUGGCCGCGGCUGAGCGCGCGGCUCACCGCAGCCGUGACUCUGGACCCGCGGCCCGAGUACGCGCGCGCCACGCUCAGCAUCGGCCCCGACGGGUUCCAAGCUACCCUUAUUGGCAGUCAGUGCAGCAGUCGUCUCCUGAGCGCGUGCGGCGCCACGGUACUGCUGGAGCUCCCGGCGGCCUCCGCCAUCGUGAAGCAGCUGCCGCCCGGCACCUCCGUCUCCGCGCUCAUCACCGGCCGUCUCGACCGGAUGACCACCUUGUAACAUACUGCAAAGGACACUCGACAGUGGCGACCUCUGAACCCGUAACAUGGCAACCUCAUACCGCGCAAACUGUAAAUUAAGCUAGUAGAAUUGGUAUAUUUAUCGGACCACACAGAAGAGCACAAGCGAGGAUUGGUUCAUUUAUCGCACGUGCGCGAUAUGCGCGGGGGCUGACGUGAGAAAUAAGCAGUUUAAUAUCCUCAUUGAUAUAUAUGUUGUCAUAGCAACGUCCGGCGCUGAUUUGCCUAUCUAGGAAUGCAGUUUAAUAGGAAUAAAUAGCAAGAUAUUCUAACGAGAUAUGGGUUCAAGCGGGCGCCCACACUUAAUGAAGCGUACCCUAUUCGAGCACAACUUAACGGUCGUCGAAUCAAAAAUAUGAGGAAGUUAAAUUAUAACGAACUAAGAAUCUACGCUUCUUAGACUGUGUUUUUAAAUGUAACCGAGUUGAUGUAGAAUGUUUCAUUUAAGCUGUGAGGAAAUUGUUGGUCUAUUUCCCAUGUUAGAAGUAAUUUAUUAAAGUAACUUAUACGAGUGAUCUUAGACAUUUUUCGAGUCUCAUAGUAUAUUUUUAUCCUGAGAAUUAAACUUAACGGAAAAGUUUAACUUUUUAAAAACAAUCUAGAUACUUAAUUGUUGAAAAAUAAAUCCAUUUUAGUUUGUAAUUUUGUUAUUAUACGUCGCACUACGAAAGUUGUAUCACAAAAGGCCUUAGAAGCUCAAUUGUUGUUAUUUACUGUGAACAAUUUUAUAAGUACGUAAAUAUUGUUGUCUUUAGGAAUAAACAAAUUGAAUUUCAA